AGCAAAUUGAGGGCGUGUCCUGACUAGGGUUAUUUACCUGCCUAUAAAAUCGGUUCGGGUUGUGGUAUGUGUGUGCGUUUGUUCUGUGUCAGUGAGCGAGCCGCCGUACUUCCGGGUUUUUGUGUGGACAUUGGCGAGGGUGGACUGGGGAGCUUUUCAGGAAGCCCUUUAAUCGCUGCAUGUAAUGGAGACAUUUUUAUUAUACAUCUGCAUCCGUGUUUCGUGAGCUGCAGUACAGGUAUGUGUUGACGCUGACGUUACUCUUGACUUUAUGGGUUUUCAUGAUUGCCUGACUAAAGUAUGUUUUCACUGUUUAAGGUUCGGGUCAGUGUGCAAGGGACGGUACAGUGGGCUGCUGUAGGGGGCUUGUCGCUUGCUGUGUGGCUUUCUGCACUAUGUGCAUUGCUUAACCCCACUUUUGAUGUGGGCUUGACUGCAUGCUUUAUCGAGCUACAGCCGCUUAGCGCUGCGUCAUCUGUCUGGUCUGUUUCGCUUGCUCAGCUGCGUUUCCUCCUCUACAUAUCCGGCCUCUGGAGUUGCAUCAUCUUCCACCUGCACCGUAUGCGGUGACGCUGGGUUAACAGCUGAUUAACAUUUUGUCGCUCCGAUACGUUAACUGUGUAUUGCUGCCGCAUUUCAAUCCUUACAGGAUCAGUUGGAUUGCGGUCUGGAUUUGGGGUAUGGUGCUCACUUCCAAUAGUACCGUGAGAACUGAGCUAAAAGUGGCGUGCGACAGGGUAGCUACUACUUGACUGUCACUAGCGUUGUUUCUUUUCUUUUUUUUUUUUGUUGGGGUUAUUGUGUUUGAUUUAAUUGUUUAUUUUGUAUUGUUUUGUGUUCUUUUUUUUGUUAUUAUUAUUAUUAUUAUUAUUGUUGUUGUCCUUUUUUUGGUUUCUAUUUUUUUGUUGUUUAUCAUUGGUUUGAGUUUGUAGUCUGAUGUCUGUUGGUCAAUUCAGUUGAAUUAAUUUUCUUUAUUUUCUUUUGUGACCUGUGCGGUGUAUCUUCUUUGGUAUAUGUGUCUUUGUGAUUAUUUUUUUUUUACUGACGUGUUGCCUAUUUCAGCUGGUUGAUAAUCCAGUAGCUGAGGCACCCUGAGUAACCAGCAGUUUUUUUGGAUAAUUGACUGUGUUGGGAACCAGGUUGCUGUAUGUGAUGCUUGUUCUACUUUAUGUGUUUUAAAUUGUGUUUCUUUUCUCCCUUCAGGAGUGGGGUGGCUGGCGGCAGCAGUGUAGCAUCUUGUGGUGGUGGGCUCCUCUGAUUGCAGUGUUCACAGUGAGGUGUGCCGUGCUGUGGUUUGCUGUGGUGUGUGUGAGUGCACGCGUGAGUGCUGUGUCCUCUCUGCUUAAAGGAUGCCAGGCCUUCCCCCACCCUGAAGUGUGAUGUCUUGUAACUUUCGCUUUUAACUAUUUGAUACAGUGAACAAAAAUUUAAUGUUUUGAAUAAAGUUUUGUUUUAAACUCAACUCUGGUCUGAUACCUGACCCAGUUGUGACGAACCUGUGUGUUCUAAGGUUGAGGGCAGUCCCGGGAAUAGCCUCCGGGUGGCGUAGUCUGCAUAAUUAAUUCGUAACGCCACAUUUGGCGUAGUCGGCAGGGUAUUCAACUGGUUAUCAGAUUCAGACUUUGAGGAGAGUGUUGUUGUUGUUGUUGUUGUUGUUUUUUUGUUGUUUUUUUUUCCCCUUGUUUUUUUUUUACAGUACGCUGGUGGCAGAGUAGUGAUUGGGUGAGUACCUCUGUGGCACGCCAUGGAUAGUGAACUGCAGGAGAUGCAGGAUUUGAUAGCCCAAUUACGGAUGGAUAGUGAAAGGUUGCGACAGGAACGUGCGGCAGUUGAGCUUCCUGAUCCUGGCGCACCUUCUGUUAGCGCAGCAUGCCCAUCUACACCGCGAUCAGCUGAUGUAAAUGCUGGUACCGUUGAAAGGUUUGUAUUUAUUCAGAGGGACCGACGUUGCCCAAAUUUUAAUGGCAGGUCUGGUAUCAGUAUCGACGAGUGGCUUGAGGAGGCCCAAGCGUGUAUGCGGGUUCGGAAUAUGACUUCUGUGGAGCAGGCGUUUUUCUUGUAUGAUCACCUUGAAGGAGAGGCCCGCAACGAGAUUAAAUAUCGUUCUAAUGCUGAGAAAAGCGAUCCAGCUAAGAUUAUUGCAGCGCUGCGCGAAGUGUAUGGUUGUGCUGAGUCGUAUAACGCACUGCAAGAAGCAUUUUUCUCUCGCCGGCAGCGCGAAGGAGAAACAUUAUUGGAGUUCUCCUUGGUGUUGUUGAGUUUGUUUGAGAAAGUAAAAAGUCAAUCGCCAUGUGAAGUUUUAAAUGGUGACUUAAUUGUGAGGGAUCAAUUUGUUGAAUGCGUGUCAGAUAAUGCACUUCAUAGAGAAUUAAAACAAUUGAUACGACGUCAGCCCACUGUAACGUUGCUAGAGGUUCGGGGAGAAGCGAUCCGUUGGGAACGGGAGGGAUUACCAGGGGGUGUUAGAGGUAGAAGUCAGUCGGUCCCCCUGGUAAGCGGAAUCCAGUAUGAGGUCCGGGGAAGUCCUGAGAUAGGUUGGGCUCGGGGGAGGCGUACAUCUGAGUUAGGUGAGUUACAAGAAAUGCUGCAUCGGCAGCAACAGCAGUUAGAUUUACUUACCCAAACUAUCGCCCGGAGUCAGACCACCUUUUCCCAUGGUCGUGCUCCUCGUCCAGCUCAAUUGAUCUGUCGACGGUGUCAACAACCGGGUCAUUUUGCACGGGAGUGCGAUGGGGAGCGUCGCCCCCCUCGCCCUCUGCCACGCCCGGUUGUUGCUCCUUCGGCCGGUGAACCAAGGUCCUUGCCUGGCCCUAACCAUUCGGAAAACUAGCUCCUACCGAGUUGCUGAGCCACAGUUCGGUAGGGAGCGUGCGUGGCUCCCGUAUUGUUAAUAGUAAUGAAACUGCUUCCCGAUUAGUGUCCUCAUGUCCA